GUUUAUUUAAUAAAAUUUUGCUAAAUAUAUUGAAGAUAACAUAUGAGAGAAAAUAUUGUUCUUCAAUUUGGAAAAUAUUCUAAUUAUUUAGGGACUCAUUUUUGGAAUGCUCAAGAUACAUAUUUUAAAGAAAAUGUAGAUGAAUUAUUAAUUGAUCAUCAUAUUUUUUAUAGAUUAAAUGGUACUAGUCGAAAAAAAGAGAUAUAUACACCCAGAGUUCUUAUUUAUGAUUUAAGAAAUGGUUUUGGGAAUAUUAAUAAAUACAAUGAGUCAUAUCAAUUAAAUAGUGAAGAUAUAGAAGGGAGGAAAAAUGGGUUAGUAACAGAAAUAUAUGAAAGUAAAAAACAUCCAAUUCAUCCUUUUCAAUUUUCUUUUAUGGAUCCUAAAUCAGAAGAAAUUUUAUCGUCAGAGACAAUUACAUCAUGGUCUGAUUAUAAUAUGGUGAAAUAUGAUUCACGUUCUUUACAUCAGUUACUUCAAUAUGAUGUUUAUGAUGAAAGUUUUAAUCCUUUUUAUACGUUUGAUCAAGGAAAAGAACUUUUUUGUGAUAUAUCAAAAGAAAAUGAUAUAUUUGAAUCACAUUUUCGACCUUUUCUUGAAGAAUGUGAUAAUAUUCAGGGAAUAACAGUUCUUACUGAAAUUAAUAGUGGAUGGGGUGGAUUUUCAAGUUCAUUUCUUGAUUCUAUUAAAGAUGAAAUACCUAAACUUUGUAUAUGGACUUUUUCUAUAGAUACUGAAAUAGACAACGAUGUACAAGCAUUAUUAUCAUUACAUGAUACUUCUUCAAUUUUAUCUAUUAUAAACAAAAAAUCUGGUUAUAAUCAUGAAAAAAUUAAUCUAAACUCUAUAUGGCAUACUUCAGCUUUUCAGUCUUCUGCAAUUGAAUCAUUAUUAAUUCCAUGUCAUUCUAAUGUUAAUUUCAUGUCUAUGAGUGAUUUAACAUCUUUAAUAAAUAUUUAUUCUGAUAGAAAAAUAUCUUAUUUAAAAAUGAAAUUGGAAAACUCUUUGUUAGGUUGGCUAGGUUUAAAAUUGGAAAAUUCAAUAGAAAGUUCUUUAGAAAUAUUUAGAGGGGAUAAAAAUCAGAAGGCUAUAUCUACAGUAAAUAAUUUUUCUAUAUCAACAACAUAUUAUCAUUCUACAACUCUUCCUUCUCCAAAAUCAUUCCCUAAAAUUUUUGAUUCAUUAAAACUAUCUUGUGAAGCUUUAUCAUCUUCUUUGGAUACUAAAUUUCUUUUAUCUUCUAAAAAAAAAAACUAUAUUCAUAAAAAUAAAUCUAAAACAUGCGAUAAAGAAGAUAUAAUAAAUGAUUUAGAUGAUCUAAUUGAAAUUUACAGCAAUGAAUAAAAAAAACUACAUAAUUAUAUACAUAAAUUAAAUAAAUCAUUAAAAU